CACACGCUGAACGCGGAUGUGAAUUACACUGAAUCAAAUGAACCAGAAGAUCCGGAAAAAUAUCCGUGUUUGUUCGCAGAAUAAACCGAACACGCGUGUGUGAAGGAUGCGAGAAGCAGAUAUUGUGUCCGGGGACGUCAAAUCCACCGAGCGAGAUGCUGAGGAGGUUCUGGAGAGCGGCCUGCUCCUGGAAGAGUCCUGCUCUGGAAUACUGUACGCCGGACUGGAGCAGCACACGGAGGAGUGGAGCGUCGAGCCGCACUGUAGCUUGAAUGACAGUGAAUCCGAGGAGGUUCUGAACGCCAUAAACCCGAACGAGAUGUACACGUCAGCGGUGUGCGAGAGCGACAGCGGCCUGUCUGAAGAUCAGUCCUCAGACGGAGCCCACGAGCAGAAUCUCAGUAAUGCCGUCUAUCAGGUGGUGUAUGACAUCAGCGGUGUGGGCGGAGCCUCGGAGCAGGAAACGCCACAUAUGGACGUGAUCUCCAUAGAGCUGGACGACUGGAGCUCUCAGAUGCUGCUGGCGGACUCGUGUGUGGUCAACGAGCUGGUGUCGUCUGUCAAAAUGGAAAACGUUUCUGCUCACGACAUGCAAAGCAUUCAGAGCCCCGACGGCUUUUUGGUUUAUCCUGAUCUCCAGCUCACUGAGGAGGAGCAGAAGCUGCUGGAUCAGGAGGGAGUGUCGCUGCCCAAUAACCUGCCCUUAACAAAGGCUGAGGAGAGAAUCCUGAAGAAAGUGAGGCGGAAGAUCCGCAAUAAACUCUCGGCGCAGGACAGUCGCAGGAGGAAGAAGGAGUAUAUAGACGGUUUGGAGAGCAGGGUGGCGGCGUGUUCAGCUCAGAAUAAAGAGCUGCAGAGAACCGUCGACCAGCUGGAGAAACACAACAUGUCUCUUAUGGCUCAGCUGCGCAAACUGCAGGCUUUGAUCAAGCAGACGGCCACCAAAGCGGCGCAGACGAGCACGUGCGUCAUGAUCAUCAUCUUCUCUCUGGCUCUGCUCAUCUUCCCCAGUUACAAUCCGUUCAGCCGCCGGUCGCCGUCAGUGGAGGACAGUUACGCUCCGUCCGCCGUGAUUUCCAGAAACAUCCUGAAUGAUGUGGAGUCUCUUCCGCUCCUGGAGGAUCCUGGAGAAGAUGAUCCAGUGUCUUCAGAGUCUCUGUCGCUUCCUUCAGAGCACAAACCUCCAGACGCAGGCGCAGACGCAGACGCAGACGGGCUGCAGCAGCCGGAGGACGUGGCGCUCGCACAGGAUCUGAGUCAGAAACAGAGGAACGGCACGACAGCGAGCGGAGGAAACGCGGACGCGCUGCCCACGAGUCUGACGGCUCCGGUAGGUGCAGGAAAUGCAGGCGCGGACGCAGCCAAACCGCCGCACGCCGAUGAAAUGUGAGGCGACUCGACCUGUUUAGCGCAGAGACGGGUUUGUCCGGGGUGUGGCGGAUCGCCUGAAACAAAGCAAAGAGAAUUUCUCUGAAUGCCUUUAUUUAUUUUCUCUGAGCACAUACAGGUGUGUUUCACCUUUAUCGUCGUCAGACGAGAAUCGUUAUGUGCUUUAGUUCAGAGGCGCAACCCAUAAAUAUAUCAGUGUGUGAUUUAAGGACUCUGUUGUCUGUGCAUUAGAGACGUGUUUACUGCUGCUGUUCUGGGUUUUGUUUAGUCAUUUUUUACUCCCAUCUGACACGGAUCAGAUGUCAUUACACAUGUGUAAACAGCUUCAGAUCUGAUGUCUGGAGGAUCACGUGACGCUAAAGACCGGAGUAAUGAUGCUGAAAAUUCAGCUGCGCAUCACAGAAAUCAAUGACAGUUUAACACAUAUUCACAUAGAAAACAGCUGUUAUAAAUGAUAAUAAUAUUUCACAUUUUUACUGUUUUUACUGCAUUUUUGAUUAAAUAAGUGCAGAUUUGGUGAGCAGAAGAGACUUUAGAAACAUAAAUCUUACUGAUCCCAAAUUUUAUAACACUAGUGUACAUCUGAACGUCACAUGCGAUUAAUGUUUUCUCAGCGGAGCGUCCUGACAGAGCUUUCACACAAAACCUCAAGGCUUUUUAGCUUUUGCUUUUUCUAACUGAUUGAAAAGCUGAAUUAGCAGAAGGACUGUGCGGUCGAGUCGACACAGCUAAAGACCACAUCUGUGCUUUUGUGAUUAGAAACCAGAGACCUGAGCAAAACCAGUUCCAAAGCGCUGACCGACUUGGGCUUGUAGAUACUGAUGUGACUUCUGAUACACGAUGUUCUAAUGAUGGUCUGAGGGUGAACGGAUUGGGUCUCUAUUCUUAUUUGAUUGUUUUCUGAAUAAAAACACAUUUAUAACAUG